UUCCCGAGUUAACUUAAAGCUUAGCCGGCUCUCUUCUCUGGGCACGCAACUCUCACCCUUUCUGUGUAAAAAAGAAAAGAAAAGAAAAGAAGAGGAAAGAAGCUAAAGUAGAUCUAUCAAGCAAAGCCAUGUCCAGCGAGAACGAGCCCGCGAAACUGCUGUUGCCGUACCUACAAAGAGCCGACGAGCUGCAAAAACACGAUCCUUUGGUCGCUUACUACUGUCGAUUAUAUGCGAUGGAGAAAGGGUUAAAGAUUCCACAGAACGAGCGCACCAAGACCACCAAUUCUCUCUUUAUUUCCCUUAUGAAUCAACUUGAAAAGGAUAAGAAGUCGCUGAAGUUGGGACCUGAAGACAAUUUGCAUCUGGAAGGAUUUGCACUAAAUGUGUUUGGGAAGGCAGACAAGCAAGAUCGUGCUGGCCGAGCAGACUUGAAUACUGCAAAAACAUUUUAUGCAGCGAGCAUUUUCUUUGAGAUUUUAAACCAGUUUGGUGCCCUUCAGCCUGAUCUUGAGCAGAAACAGAAGUACGCAGUUUGGAAAGCUGCAGAUAUAAGGAAAGCUUUGAAAGAAGGAAGGAAGCCCAAUCCAGGUCCUCCUGAUGGUGAUGAAGAUUUGUCAAUUCCAUUGAGCACCCCCAGUGGUGGUUAUGAUAUUGGGCCUACUGAAACUGCAGCUACCAGUCCUCGACCAGAAUCUGAUCAGUCAUCUCUUUUCCAUGACCAAGUCAGUGACCAGCACUCUUCUAGCCUUCCACCAUCAAGCCAGUUUCAUGAGAGGGUUAACAACCAGCAUUCUGCACAUGUUGCAUCACAGCCUCAAUUCCAUGACUCGGUUAACAACCAACAUUCUACAGGCAUCCUGCCACCACCUCCUUCUUACCCUUCUGCUGGUUAUGCUUCCCAUGAUUUUCAUCCACCACCUCCAGCCAGCAGAUCAGAGAAUGAUACAUAUUCUCAGCCGUACCACCAUCAAUCCUACUCGCAAGAACUUCAUCAGCAUGCGCCACAUAAUUAUCCAUCUCAUGACACUUCCUCCUACUCAUAUCCCAACUUCCAGUCUUAUCCCGGCUUCACAGAGAGCAGUUUCCCAUCUGCCCCCUCACAUUAUCCUUCUUAUUAUCAGGGCUCAGAUUCUUCCUAUGCUCCACAGUCAGCUCCUCCAAGCAGCUAUCUAUCAACUGCCCAAUAUACUACAAGCAGUACAAAUGGGACUGACUCGGAUCCUGGCCCUACUUCAACUCAAACAUACCAAUAUGACAGCAAUUACCAGCCUCCACCUGAGAAAAUUGCUGAGGCACACAAGGCUGCAAGAUUUGCAGUUGGAGCCUUGGCAUUUGAUGAUGUGUCAGUUGCAGUGGACUACUUAAAGAAAUCUCUUGAACUACUGACAAAUCCAUCGGCCAAUCAAUAACGUCAGGGUAGCAUCCUACAUAUAAUGUCCACCAAACAGUUUCUAAUCAACGACUAAUAGUGUAGGCCCUGAGAAGCAAUGGGAAUAGGUCGUUCUUGUUUCGGGCAACCGAGCUCCAAAAGACAGCCCAAAGGAUAUUUGAAUGAUCAGGAUGUUGGUUUAUCAUCAUCUAUUGUUGAGUUCAUGAAGCGAGCAUGUUCUUGGAGAAGGAAUGAGAUAAAGAAGAGGCAGUUUUAACCGCAAGAGCAGCAGCAGCAGCAGCCUGAAAAAGACAAUGAGUUAUCUACUCUGGAGGAAUGUCUAUUAGCUUCACCAUUGUUGAAUAGCUAUAACACUAAUGAAGACGAAGUAAACCACCAUGCUCUGAAGCAGAACAAGUUAUGUACCUUCGAUUAUGUCUCUAACCCAAGGCAAAGGCUUCUAAAGGUUGAUGAAGUCGACAGUAGUGAAGUUAAUGCUCCUUCUUCGUUGAACAGAAGCCAAAGUGGGAAGAUGAAGAAGAGGGUAAGCUUUAGACAACUAGAAGAGGCUGAUAAAAUCGUAUAUUAGAUACUGCUUAAUUUUCUCGAGCAAGUGCUACUUUGGAUUGUGGGAAUUUCCUAAAUGGUAAUGAUAAUGUUAAAAUUAAUCUUACUAGCUACUAAAUUUUGUGUAAGAUGUGCUAAUAAGGGUGGGAAAACAGUUGUCAAAUUUGUUUGGAAAAUAAUGAAAAAUUGGCAACACUUUUUCAUGUAA